UGAUGCUUUCGCGGCGAUCUUUUGCCUUGCCUUGGACGCCGUGCUCGUACUCGUAGUCGCUGAUGAUAUUUUGACGAUUUAUAUAUGAAUAGCGAGUAUUUAUAAGUUUGGUUUUUAUGAAGUGAUCGGGAUAUGGUUCAAAAAUAGAAAGCCGGUUAAGGAACAAUUUUAUAUGUGUUGUAUUUAACCUGGGUACGAAGAUUACAGUAGUCCUGGGAACUGGAGUGAUAUUUUGUGAGUGUCGACGUUUAUGUGUGUCAACUGUGCUGAGAAGCGUUACUUAUUAUUUCUGAUUGAAGAUAUUUGAGCGUGGCGCGGUGAGGUGCAUUAGGUCGCGAUGACGACCGACAUCUCGGUGUCCCGCUGGGACCCGUCCAUCGGCCACGGCCAGGAGAUCAUCGACGAGAUCGAGUACGAUGGCGGCAACUCCUCCUCAAGGCUUUUCGAACGAUCGCGCAUCAAAGCGCUUGCAGACGAACGAGAAAGUGUACAAAAGAAGACUUUCCAAAAAUGGGUGAAUUCACACCUGGUGCGCGUGGGGUGCCGCAUCAAUGAUCUUAACGUGGACAUGAGAGAUGGCAAGAUGCUCAUCAAGCUGCUUGAAGUACUUUCCGGGGAAAGAUUGCCUCGACCAACAAAAGGCAAAAUGCGUAUACAUUGCCUCGAGAACGUUGACAAAGCGUUACAAUUCCUGCGCGAGCAACGCGUGCACCUCGAGAACAUGGGCUCGCAUGAUAUCGUCGACGGGAACGCCAGGCUUAACCUGGGUCUCAUCUGGACUAUCAUCCUCCGUUUCCAGAUUCAAGACAUUACUAUCGAAGAAACAGACAAUAAAGAGACGAAGUCUGCUAAGGACGCACUGUUAUUAUGGUGUCAAAUGAAAACUGCCGGCUACAACAAUGUGAAUGUACGCAACUUCACGACAUCCUGGCGCGACGGGUUGGCGUUCAACGCCAUCAUACAUAAACACAGACCAGACCUCAUACAGUUUGAGAAAUUACACAGAAGCAACCAUAUUCAUAAUCUGAACAAUGCUUUCAAUGUGGCUGAGGAGAAACUCGGUCUUACUAAAUUGUUGGAUGCCGAAGACAUCGCAGUUGAGCAUCCAGAUGAGAGAUCCAUCAUCACAUAUGUGGUUACAUACUAUCAUUACUUCAGCAAGAUGAAGCAAGAGACAGUUCAGGGUAAGAGGAUCGGCAAAGUGGUCGGCAUCGCUAUGGAGAACGAGAAAAUGAUGCAGGAGUACGAGUCACUCACCAGCGAUCUUCUGCAAUGGAUCGAGCGCACAAUCGAAGCUCUGGGUGACCGAACGUUCGCCAACUCGCUGGAGGGAGUGCGUCAACAACUCAUACAGUUUGCUAACUACCGCACCGUUGAGAAACCUCCUAAAUUCGUCGAGAAAGGUAACCUGGAAGUCCUGCUAUUCACUCUGCAAUCACGCAUGCGCGCAGCUAACCAGAAGCCCUACACUCCUCGUGAGGGUCGCAUGAUCCAUGAUAUCAACCGUGCCUGGGAGCGCCUCGAGAAGGCCGAGCACGAGAGAGAGCUGGCCUUGAGGGAGGAGCUUAUUAGGCAGGAGAAACUGGAACAGCUUGCUGCCAGAUUCAACCGUAAAGCUCAAAUGCGUGAGACAUGGCUCUCUGAAAACCAGCGACUCGUCAGUCAAGACAACUUCGGCUUCGAUCUAGCUGCUGUGGAAGCGGCCGCCAAGAAACACGAGGCUAUUGAAACCGAUAUCUUCGCUUACGAGGAGCGAGUGCAGGCCGUGGUGGCUGUAUGCUCUGAGCUACAGGCUGAGCGGUACCACGACAUGGAGCGCGUGUGCGCUCGGCGCGACAACGUGCUGCGCCUGUGGGCCUACCUGCUGGAGCUGCUGCGCGCCCGCCGCGCCCGCCUGGAGCUGUCGCUGCAGCUGCAGCAGAACUUCCAGGAAAUGCUGUACAUUUUGGAUUCCAUGGAAGAAAUCAAAAUGCGUCUGCUGACGGACGACUACGGAAAACAUCUGAUGGGAGUAGAAGAUUUGCUUCAGAAGCAUGCGCUCGUCGAGGCUGAUAUUAACGUACUCGGAGAACGAGUUAAGGUUGUUGUGGGGCAGUCACAGCGGUUCCUGGAGCAGGAGGAGGGCGGCUACCGUCCCUGCGACCCCGCCAUCACAGUGGAACGCAUACAGCAGCUCGAGAACGCUUACGCCGAGCUCGUCCAUCUCGCUGUCGAACGCAGAAAGCGUCUCGAAGACAGCCGCAAACUGUGGCAGUUCUACUGGGACAUGGCCGAUGAAGAGAACUGGAUCAAGGAGAAGGAACAGAUCGUGUCGGUCGACGACAUCGGUCAUGAUCUUACUACAGUGUACCUGUUGAUCUCGAAGCACAAGGCGCUGGAGGCGGACGUGCUCGCUCACGAGCCGCAGCUUAUGAGCGUCGCGGCCGUCGGAGACGAGCUCAUCUCGCAGGGACACUUCGGUGCCGACAGGAUACAGGAGCGUCUCCGUGACAUUCUGUCCCAAUGGAACCACCUGCUAGACGUGGUGUCCCUCCGCAAGAACAGACUGGAUGCCGCUGUGCGCUAUCACCAGCUGUUUGCAGACGCGGAUGACAUCGACAACUGGAUGCUGGACACACUAAGACUCGUAUCAUCCGAGGAUACCGGUGUUGACGAGGCGCAAGUGCAAAGCUUGCUGAAGAAGCACAAGGACGUAACCGACGAACUCAAGCACUACGCAAAUGUCAUACAGCAGCUCAAACAACAGGCCAGCGAGCUGAGCCCCGAGGACGCGAACAGCGGCGAGGUGCGCGAGCGGCUGGCCGCCAUCGACGCGCGCCACGGCGAGCUGGCCGAGCUGGCGCGCCUGCGCAAGCAGCGCCUGCUCGACGCGCUGUCGCUGUGCAAGCUGCUGGCCGAGGCCGACGCCGCCGACCAGUGGAUCGCCGAGAAGGACCGCAUGCUCGACACCAUGUUACCGCCCAAGGACAUCGACGACGUCGAGAUCAUGAAGCACCGCUACGACGGUUUCGAUAAGGAAAUGAAUGCCAACGCGUCUCGCGUGGCCGUCGUGAACCAAUUGGCGCGACAGCUCAUUCACGUUGAGCACCCGCAGGCGCCCGCCAUACAGGAACGGCAAGCCGCGCUCAACCAGGCCUGGAGUUCGCUCCGAGAGAAGGCGGAAGGAAAGAAGGACGACCUCAAAUCAGCACAAGGCGUACAGACUUUCUAUAUCGAAUGCCGAGAGACCGUAUCCUGGAUCGAAGACAAGAAGAGAAUCCUUCAACAGACCGACAACCUGGAAAUGGAUCUCAACGGUGUGAUGACCCUACAACGUCGCCUGUCCGGCAUGGAGCGCGACUUGGCCGCCAUCCAGGCGCGCAUCACGUCUCUGGAGAACGAGGCUAGCGCCAUCGAAGACGAACAUCCCGACGAGGCGCGCCUCAUCCGAGACCGCAUACACACCAUCACGGACAACUGGGACCAGCUCACGCAGAUGCUCAAGGAGCGCGACGCAAAGUUGGAGGAGGCUGGCGAUUUGCAUCGCUUCUUACGCUCCGUCGAUCACUUCCAAGCUUGGCUAACCAAAACCCAGACCGAUGUUGCUUCCGAAGAUAUUCCCGGAAGCCUCCCAGAAGCAGAGAAGUUGCUAUCUCAGCACCAGACUAUCAAGGAAGAGAUCGAUAACUAUAAGGAUGAAUAUGCUAAGAUGAUGGAGUAUGGAGAGAAGAUUACUGCUGAUCCUUCGACCCAAGACGACCCGCAGUACAUGUUCCUGCGCGAGCGCUUGAAGGCGCUGCGCGAGGGCUGGGCUGAGCUGCAGCAGAUGUGGGAGAACAGGCAACAACUGCUUACACAGAGUCUCGAACUUCAGCUGCUGCAGCGCGAUGCGCGUCAAGCGGAAGUGUUGUUGGCGCACCAGGAGCACAGGUUAGUCAAGGCUGAGCCACCUGCAAAUCUAGAACAAGCUGAAAACACCAUCAAGGAACACGAAGCCUUCCUUACUACUAUGGAAGCCAAUGACGAUAAAAUCAAUUCCGUUGUUCAAUUCGCGAACCGCCUCGUUGAGGAGAGACAUUUCGAUGCUGACAAAAUUCAACGUAAAGCUGAGAGUAUACGGGCGAGACGAGACUCUAAUCGUGAAAAAGCACUACAGCAGAUGGAAAAACUGCAAGACCAAUUACAGCUUCACCAGUUCCUUCAAGACUGUGAUGAACUCGGAGAGUGGGUACAAGAGAAGAAUGUCACAGCUCAAGACGACACCUACCGCUCGGCCAAGACGAUUCACUCGAAAUGGACUCGCCAUCAAGCAUUCGAAGCGGAAAUCGCAGCUAACAAGGAACGUCUAUUUGCAGUUCAGAACGCGGCUGAGGAACUCAUGAAACAAAAGCCGGAGUUCGUAGAAGUUAUUUCCCCCAAGAUGCAUGAACUUCAAGAUCAAUUUGAAAACCUCCAAACAACGACUAAAGAAAAGGGUGAACGACUAUUCGACGCAAACCGUGAGGUUCUCCUUCACCAGACUUGUGACGACAUUGAUUCAUGGAUGAAUGAGCUCGAGAAACAAAUCGAGAACACAGACACUGGCACUGAUCUGGCAUCUGUCAAUAUUCUUAUGCAGAAGCAACAGAUGAUCGAGACUCAGAUGGCAGUUAAGGCUAAGCAGGUUACCGAACUCGAAACUCAAGCGGAAUACCUGCAAAAGACCGUUCCAGAUAAAAUGGAAGAGAUUAAGGAAAAGAAAAAGUCUGUGGAGCAACGUUUCGAGCAGCUCAAAGCACCCCUAUUGGAUCGCCAACGACACCUAGCGAAGAAGAAGGAGGCGUUCCAAUUCCGCCGAGAUGUCGAGGAUGAAAAGCUAUGGAUUCAUGAAAAAAUGCCUCUGGCGACCAGCACCGAUUACGGAAAUUCAUUAUUCAAUGUCCAAAUGCUUCAGAAGAAGAACCAAUCAUUAAAGACGGAGACCGAUAACCACGAGCCAAGAAUAUUGACAGUCAUUUCCAACGGGCAGAAGUUGAUUGACGAGGGACACGAAGAUGCGCCCGAAUUCAAAAACCUUAUUGAAGAACUCACCGCGCGGUGGCGAGAACUUAAAGAUGCCAUCGAUCAACGUAAGGACAACCUGGCCCAAUGGGAGAAGGCUCAGCAAUAUCUGUUCGAUGCGAAUGAAGCCGAAGCGUGGAUGAGCGAACAAGAACUUUACAUGAUGGUGGAGGAUCGUGGCAAGGAUGAGAUCUCCGCACAGAAUCUCAUGAAGAAACAUGAGAUACUGGAGCAGGCAGUAGAUGAUUACGCACAGACGAUCAGGCAGUUGGGAGAGACUGUUCGCCAACUGACUAGCGAAGAACAUCCUUUGAGUGAACAGAUUUCCGUUAAACAAUCACAAGUUGACAAAUUGUACGCCGGCCUGAAGGAUCUGGCUGGUGAAAGACGUGCCAAGCUGGAUGAGGCAUUGCGGUUGUUCCAACUGUCGCGUGAGGUGGACGACUUGGAGCAAUGGAUCACGGAGCGGGAACUCGUCGCCAGUUCGCAAGAGUUGGGACAGGAUUACGACCAUGUCACGCUACUGUGGGAGAGAUUCAAGGAGUUCGCUCGCGAGACUCAGUCGGUGGGCUCGGAGCGCGUGGCCACCGCCGAGCGCAUCGCCGACCAGAUGAUCGCCAUGGGGCACUCCGACAACGCCACCAUCGCGCAGUGGAAGGAGGGCCUGCGCGAGACCUGGCAGGACCUGCUCGAGCUCAUCGACACCAGGACGCAGAUGCUGGCCGCAUCUCGCGAGCUGCACAAGUACUUCCACGACUGCAAGGACACGCUGCAGCGCGUGAACGAGAAGGCGCGCGGCGUGAGCGAGGAGCUCGGCCGGGACGCCAUCAGCGUCGGCGCGCUGCAGCGCAAGCACCACAACUUCAUGCAGGACCUCAGCACGCUGCAGCAGCAGGUGGAGGCGAUCAGCAGCGAGUGCGCGCGGCUGGGCGCGUCGUACGCGGGCGACAAGGCGGCGGAGAUCACGCGGCGCGAGGCCGAGGUGUCGGACGCGUGGCGCGCGCUGCACGCCGUGUGCGCCGCGCGCCGCGACAAGCUGGAGGACGCCGACCAGCUCUACCGCUUCCUCAGCCAGGUGCGCGACCUCACGCUGUGGAUGGACGACGUCGUGCGCUCCAUGAACACCGGCGAGAAGCCGCGCGACGUGAGCGGCGUCGAGCUGCUGAUGAACAACCACCAGUCGCUGAAGGCGGAGAUCGAGACGCGCGAGGACAAGUUCACGGCGUGCAUCGGGCUGGGUCGCGAGCUGCUCGCGCGGCAGCACUACGCGUCGCCCGACAUCCGCGACAAGCUGCUGCAGCUCACCAACCAGCGCAACGCUCUGCUGCGCCGCUGGGAGGAGCGCUGGGAGAACUUGCAGCUCAUCCUGGAAGUGUACCAGUUCGCCCGCGAUGCGGCGGUGGCGGAGGCCUGGCUGAUCGCCCAGGAGCCCUACCUCAUGUCGCAGGAGCUCGGACACACAAUCGACGAAGUGGAGAGCCUCAUCAAGAAACACGAGGCCUUCGAGAAGUCAGCCGCCGCGCAGGAGGACCGCUUCAGCGCACUGCAGAGGCUCACCACGCUUGAAAUGAAUGCAGCAACUCUAUGGCCUACCGCACAACCUUGGGAUAAAUGUGAUGAAUCAUCCUUUGUGUUCCACUUCCCGCCUUCCAAACGUGAAAAACCAUCACUUAAAAUCGCAACUAAAACUAUUCGACCGGUUGGAGAAGUAGUAUACGACAUAAUAAAUACUAACGAUAGAUUCAAAUUACCCGAAAAGUUUAACAAAAGGAGUCUGAACUUAAAUUACUCCCAAAAACCGGUAACUAAAAACGAUUCGUAUCUGUGGUCGGUCGUAACGAACAAUAGCUUAUCGACGAUUUCCGAAACGAGUAGUCCUCCAAUGUCUCCUCUUAGGGGGCCUUUAUCGCCCGAAAUAUAUAGUUCCAUUUUCUUUGAAUAUACUUCAGAAAAUGAUAGGUCUAACGAGAAAUUGUCAUCAAUAGAUUUUUUGUUAUGGGAAAGGCUGUCCUAUCAGCACGUCUACCCGAACGUAUCUUUACUGAGACCAGCGAGAAGCCACAGUGAAUCAUCCUCCAAAUCCGGUAGCAUAAAAGGUUUAAUGAAAAGAUUGUCGCGGAGAAAGAAGUCUAUAGACAGCGAACAGAAGGCCGACAUUGCCGUGUUAUCUUUACCCGGAUUAACGAGUAGUAUGAAGGCCGUCAACGAUUUAGGCAAAGAAGUUAAAGUAAUUCCUCUCUCCUCGUCCCUCUUAUUGUUAUCCCAAACACGCAGUUUAUUGUUUCCGGAGGGUGCAUGGUACUAUAACUACUUGGAUAGCUUCGAGGUGAAGGAGAUGAAGCGGCGCCAGGAGGCGGCCGAGGCGGCGGAGCGCGAGCGCCAGGAGCGCGAGGCGGAGGAGGCGGCGGCGGCGCAGGCCGCGCGGGACGCCGUGGACCGCGCCGCCGAGCCCGAGCCGCAGCCGCACGAGGCGCCUAGCCCCGACCCCGUCCCCGCCCCCGCCCCCGCCCCCGCGGACGGCCCGCAGCAGGACACGCCCCGCCCCUCCUCGUCGAAACAGACGCCCGCCAAACCCGCACGCCUCUCCACGGGCGGAUCGAGCUCGACUCCCGUAACGCCGUCCACCUCUGGUAAGGUGAAGUCGCGGUCUCGAAGCAAGUCGCCCUUCCGCAGUUUCCGCUGGCGCACCGCAAAGAAGCUGCUCACCGGCGCGCACCACAGCGACGAUGAAGAGGGCGCGAGCCCCGCCGGGGAGGAUGAGGGCGUGGAGGGCACGUUGGUUCGUAAACACGAAUGGGAGUCUGCAGCUAAACGAGCUUCCAACAGAUCAUGGGACAAAGUAUACGUAGUUGCGAAGGACGGACGCAUGUCGUUCUACAAAGACCAGAAGGCGUACAAGUCGGCGCCCGAGCAGCACUGGCGCGGGGAGCCCCCGCUCGAUCUGAACGGAGCGGUCGUCGAAGUCGCCGCCAACUACACCAAGAAGAAGCACGUCUUUCGUCUCAGGCUGAGCAGCGGCGCGGAGUUCCUGCUGCAGGCGCACGACGAGGCGGAGAUGGCGCAGUGGCUGGACGCGCUGCGAGCGCGCGCCGCCGCGCCCGCGCCGCGCUCGCACACGCUGCCCGCGCACCACGCCGCCGAGCCCAAGCGCCGCUCCUUCUUCACGCUCAAGAAGAACUAAGCGGCGAGGACUCCUCGGACAGCCGCUCGUAACGCCCGCAUCACGUUUCUCAUUACGCACGCCGCGUCCCCGGCCCGGGCCCGGCCCGUGCCCCGGCACGCACGCCGGACCGGACCGGACGCCGCAUAUUUCUCACGACGCUUGCUACCGUAAGCUUUGCUAAUGAUGAAAUUGUGUCGAGCGGCCUCACUGACGACUGUCAACUGUUUGUUAUUAUUUUGUUGCGUACAAAAAAAAACGUUAUUUAAGACUGUUCGAUAUUUGAGUGUUUGAAUUGUUCGCCUUCGUCUGAUAUUGUAUUUAUUGUUCGGCCGCAGCCGAGCCGAGCGAGUAAAGAUAUAUUUUUAUCCGAGUAUGAUAUGAUCCCACCCCGACGUGUAAUUGUUGUAUCUUGUAACGAUUAUAAAUUUAAUACAUUUUAUGAAAAUCUAAAUGCGACGCUAUUUAUGAAUAGAUGACUUUUAGUGUUUAACUCAGAUGAAAAAUUAUAUAUAUUAUUUAUUUAUAUACGUAUAUCAUAUAUGUAAUUGAUAAAUUAUAGUGUAAAUUCGUUUGAACUAGAAAUGUAUGACGUUCGUUUGAACCGAAAAUUAAACUAUCUUAGAAGUUUUAUUAGAUUACUGACGAGACGACCAAGCAAAGAUCAAAAAGGAAUCCUUAUCGCAUUUGAUAAUAGACGAGAUGUGUAUAUGAUUGUAACCGCAUUUACGAUACAUAGUUAAUUUACCCGGAACGAAUAUACAAACCGAACCGCCCCCCCCUCUCCCGUGUAACGUGAGCUACGUAAUACAAUUAGAAUUAAUUUUCAUUGUGAAGUGUCUUUCGAACUUCGACGUCGCUGCCGGCAAUAAGUGCCGCUUUUAAAAAUUGAUAUCAAAUAUUUCUUAUUAGACACUCGGUAAUUUUAAGAGUAGCCCUAGGUGGUAGCGGGUACGGUGUGUACCGCGGCAGCGAUAUCGAAGUGCGUCUUUAUGAUAAUACGAGUUGUAAGUAUGCUUUAUGCCUCAUAUCGUGCUUUUAAGAUAUAAUGUCUUUAUAUUAUUAAAUAUUAAUUUAAUUAUUAUUUUACUGCCAACAUUUCACAAAUUUGUUAAUUAACUUAUAACGUACGUUUGAAUUUCACCCUUAUUAGAUGUUACGGUCACACAUUUUUAGUUCGUUUUUCGUCUUAUGAUUAUUAUAAUUGUAUAGAUUGCGCGUGUGCCGGUGUGAGUGUCGAAUAUGUAAUUCUGCGCCUGCGCCUCUUAUCACACUACCGCAUGUAUAACUAUGUUUAAAUAUUUUAUUUCAAAAUUUUACUUUUUUGAGGAAAAUAUAAUAAAUGAUGUUUUCAAAUAA